UCCAUUGCACACUCUAACCAAAUCAAACGCUACUAUACGCAAAUCAAUGCACCAUCUCUAUUUCAGUUGCACAAUGUAUCAGAUAUUUAAGCCUAUAUUUACAUUUUUUCUGAAUUUUAACACAUAUAUUGACCGUUAGCAUUUAAAAGGAUGAACCAAGUUUGCAUCCCGAGCAUACUCGGUAUUUAUUCUGUUUUCUAUGGUGGCAUAUUGGUUAUUCAUUUAACUAACUGUAUAACACGAAAUCGUAACAAGUUAUUCACUUAAUCAAAGAAGUAUAAACUACAUUUAUUUUUAUAGCUCUUUGACUUAAUCAUCUGUUUGAAAAGUUAGAAUUUCGCGUUACCAGAUAUUAAGUUGACAUUUAGCUAAAAUACCGCGUUAUCUGCUUAACUAAUAAGAUAACUACAGUUAGUCACUUAAUUAUCUGUUUAACUGGUUAACAUGUCAUGUUGCUAUUGAGUAGGUAACGGUGUGUUUUGGGUUUAACGCCGUUUUUCAACAGUAUUUCAGUCAUGUAACGGCGGGCAGUUAACCUAACAAGUGUUCCUGGAUUCUGUACCAGUACAAAUCUGUUCUCCGCAAGUAACUGCCAACUUCCCCACAUGAUUAAGUUGGUAGCAAGAAAAUAGUUCUUGUUACAAGAUGUAACACAAUGAUAGCUCGCAGGUCAGUUUUCAGUUAAUUAAUCAUUGUGUUUAUUUUAUCUGUUAUUGAUUUUGGUAGAUAAUCCUGAUAAUUCUUACAAAUGAUACGCAUUCUGUUUACAUGCGUAGGUCAUUGUUGGUAUUUACUACUCAAGCAAAUUUCGUAACAUCGGAGUGUUUUAUCCAUCACGUUUUGGCCUAAAUGACUUUGUUUACUAUUAUUACCGAUCAGAUAUUGCGAAAUUCUCAAAAGAAAUUGAUUUGGUCAGCCUUAAUUACUUUAUUUUUGUUUUCGAUGGAAUUUUCAUUAAUUGGCCAGAAAUGUUAAUUACUUUGUUUACCUGUUCAGCAUAUUGUUGUUGUUUACAAUUUAUACAAAAUGGAUCACCGUUGAAUGUUUUAUCUAUUAGAUUUGACCCUAAUUAUUUUGUUUGUUUCGGUAACAGUCAUUUAUUUACGAAAAUACACAAUGCUGAUUGAUUCUACAUCUGUUGUUUACUAUUAUAUGAGUACAUAAUGGACGUUUUGAUUGACAUGUUUUGAAAUGGCUUCGAAUAUUUUGAAAUACUUGUAAACAUGUUAUUGCGUUUUGUAGUUCGUAAAAAGGUAUAAAUACUCAGUGAAUUAAGAGAAGAUAGGAGAAUAGGGAGAGGAAGACUGAGUCAAGAAAAGAGAGGACGGAGUUUAGGAGAGAGACAGAAUCAGGAAGUUAGAAAUGUUUUACAAAAAUGGGAUCGGAUAAUUGGAGUUCGGAUCGGUUCAGAUCAGCUCGGUUAAGUUCGAUUUUUGGGCUCGGGUUUAAGAGCGGGUUAAAAAUAACUGUGGAAGUUUUAGAACUGACUAUUAUGUUAUAGAACUUUUGGACUUAAGAAUAAAAAUUAAUUAAAAGUUUGACGCGGGAAAAUACUAUUUAAAAAGCUGAUGUAUUUAUACCUGGAUCGACUAUUAGUAUAGUUGUUUUUUCUGUAUAACCUUGUAAAUAAAACCGAGUGUGAAAAACUGCUGACUUUCUCAAUCUAUGCAAUCAGUGGUGGUGUUACAAAGAUACUAGUAAUGUUCCAGAUGAAAUUGGUAAAGGACCGUAUGAGCUGAGUUUAUAUUUGUCUAUACUGAAAGAUGGAAGUGUAACAGACAAGUCCAUACGUGUCCACGUUGUUGGUAACUUUGCUCAAGGGAAGACGUCUUUGGUGAAAAGACUAGUUAGGUCAAAGACAAAAGGAACUACAAGUACAAACGGCAUUGACGUAAUGCGAUUACGAUCAAAUGGUCCAUUGUUAUACACUGAGACAAAAUCUAAGUCAGAAGAUGGACAAAAUGCUUUCACUAUCGAACAAAUGUUUCAAGACGAGGAAACGUCCACAGAGUAUGACAUAUGGGAUUUUGGCGGACAAUACGUCUUUUAUGCAACCCAUGCGCUCUUUCACAGUAACAGAGCAAUAUAUCUUUUAGUGAUGAAUUUGACUAAAGACCUUGGACAAGUUGCUCAAGAUGCGAAAUGUCCAAAUGAAACAGGCGAUAGAAAUGUAGAAUACUUUUUAAGGUUUUGGAUGAAUUCUAUCCAUUCUUUUGCCGGAUCAUUAGAUGGAUUUGAACCUCCAGUGAUUCUUGUUGGAACUCAUAUGGAUAAAGUAAGAGGCUUACGAAAACGGACAAAGCUUAAGCGUGCAGAAAACUACUUUGAAAAUGUCAGACGCCUCUUUGAUGGAACACAAAUUAUCAAUCAUAUCUAUAAAAAGGAUUUUGCUGUCGAUAAUCACAGACGUAACGACGCUGCUAUAGACUUACUACGAGAGGAGAUAAUGAGUAUUGGAAAAUCGAGGGCCAGAGCCAUUGAGAUACCGACCAGGUGGAUUGGACUUGAAAGCAAGUUGAAAAAUAGUACGCAAAAAGUCGUAACUCUUGAUGAAAUCCAGGACUUUGACAUUAAAAAAGGAUCCACAACAAUGCCAGUUGCAGAAUUGAAACUUUUUCUGCAGUAUCAGCAUGCAAAAGGCAGAUUGUUUUAUUUUGACAGAGAACCAAUUGCAGACUACGUUGUGCUAGAUCCACAGUACCUUAUUGACGCUUUUAAAUGCAUAAUGACCUCUGAGAGGUUUUGCAGGAAGGACCCCCAAAUUCGACCACUGUGGAAGAAGCUCUCUGUUGAAGGCAAAUUAGAAAUGAAACUUAUUGACAGUCUCUGGAGUACAGAAGAAGGAUUCAUCAACCAUAAAACGGUUCUCUUAGGGUACCUUCAGCAGCACCAUAUAAUCUCGGAAGCAAUGCAGUACGAUGAAAACGUUGAAAAAGCUCAAGGUCUUGGUUGGUUUGUUGUUCCUAGCCUGCUUAAGCACCAAAGCGCGCAGUCAAAGAUGAACGAAUAUGUCACGGGAAAAGUACUCGUGAAGGUUCGGUUUCUGAUGCGUUUUGAAUACUCCUCUGUUCUGUCAUUGUUGUUUCACCGUCUUGUUGCCGCGACACUAGGAAGGUGGUCUAUCGCUAACUAUGAUAGAGACAAUCUCAUGUACGAAAAUUUAUUUGGUUUUCGACUGAACAUUGAUCACGAUGGUGUUAUCCAAGUAAAUGACAAUUUGAUAGAACUGACUGUACUAAAUUUAUGUCCAGGUGGAAAAGUGGAAGGAAGUGUUGCAGACACCUUUCGUCGUUUUGUGGAAAAUGUAGUAUCGCGUGAAUUUGCUGCGUUGAAAGGGAGCAUCGAAGAGAAAAAUGCAAUUUACACACCUUGUUACAGAUGUAAUCAUAUAAGCCAUGGACUGAAUGGAAGCAAGCAAAUUCAAGAAAUAUCACAACUUCCUAAGAAUAAAAAUGCUCCUUGUCCAGACUCUAUGCCGCAUGAAAUAGACACACUCACUGCUAGAUCUGAGUGGUUUCAAGAAGACAAACUACCAUCAGAUAUACCAAACAAAGACAUUACUGAUAAAGAGUUUAGUCGAUUUGCUCAAGCCAUUGGCAAGAACUGGCAAUUCCUUGGCCUGGAACUUGGACUAACAAGCGUACAAAUAGAUCAUGUAAUUGAGGACAACCCCCACAGUGUUGCUAUGCAAAUCUAUAAAAUGCUGAUACAGUGGAGACUGCAAGUACAAGACGAAGCUAAAAUGGAUAUUUUUGUAAAGAUCUUGCAAACUUGCUCGAACGUAAAUGUGGAAUGGGAUGAAAUUAGAAACAUUGUUGAUGAUGUGAAGAGAGAAUUAGAAAAGUCAGACAUUUGUUCAUGAGUCUAAAGUAAACUGAAUAAAGUUACCUCGACAUAUGUUAACUGUCAUAAAUAAUCACAUGUGUUAAUAUAUCAUAUCUGACGGAAUUCAUCAAAUGUAGGAAACGGCAUACAUGUACGACGUGUAUAUGGUUUAACUUUCGAGCAUUUGCAAUGAGUGUUGCAAGAAUGUUAAAUAUCAAUGAUUAAAGUCAAAAAUACCAUCAGAUCUAAGACCACGAAGUACCUUGAAGCUCAUUUCAACUAAUGAUAAGUUAUUGUUUCGGAUUACAAAAUAUGAAUCAGCAAAAAAAAAUGUAGUUUCACUUUACUUAGCAAUUAUCCAUUGGUUCGUGAGUCUUGUAUUGUAGAAUAUGUAAAAUAGUCAAAAAACGCAAGAGUUCAUGUUCACUUUCUGUGUAAGCCGGUUCUGGUAUGUGUAUGUGUGUAGGGGGGCGUUAGUAAUGUUGCACAUUUCACUAUUACCGAGUCUGUUAUUUUGUAUGCUUUUUUCGGCGACGCCGUCUAAAUUCGCUUUCGUUACCUAUGCCACGUGACUUCAGUUUGCAAAUCAAACUACUUGAUAACGCAUUAUAGAUAAUUUAUCAAAAUGGAAGAUUUAUGCAACACUCUGCCUGACUGGACGAGAGUGUCAAUUUCUUUCACUCUGUUGAUUGUGCUACGCUGAGUGAAAUGUAGACAAAGCGUUUAUCCUAAACGACGCUGUUCACAGUUUUAAAGCUAACUCUGGCUCAGUAUAUUUAGCAAGAAUAUUGAUAUAUCUCAAAAUGAUAAGUAAGUUUAAUAAAUAUGAUAAAAACCUGUUCAAAUACCAACAUAUAUCAAAUUAAAGAAAGAGCUGAAUACGGUGUGCGUAGCACAUGAAUAAGGGUGUGAUAAGAGUCUUUUAUGUAGAAAAGUGCUUUUUAAAAGAUUUUCCUUGUUACAAUUGUCGUCUGUAUAUGAAAAGGUUUCUUGCUUUUGUGACUUAUUUAGAUUGCAUAUUAAAAUGAGUACUUGUUUGCAUUGA